AUGAAAGUGCGCAUGCUUUCUAGAAAUCCUUCAGACUUCAGACGAGAAACAAAGGAUGAUAUUUUCAAAAUUCCUAGGAAUUAUGAUGCCGCGGAGCAUCCAUUCUCCGCUGAAAGGGAAUAUAUCCGGGCCGUUAAUGCAGCCAAAUUGCAGCGUAUGAUGGCCAAACCUUUUUUGGGAGCUUUGGAGGGUACAACGGAACAAAUGGUUUGUUUGUCCCUCAAUUCGGAAACCCUUGGUUUGGCGGUGUUUGGCACCGCAGAUGGGAAGAUCCAAUAUUGGGAUAUUGCAACUCGUAAACUUAUCUUUGAGACCCGUGCCCAUGAUUGCGAAAUUCGAGGGAUAUGUCACUACAACAAGUCCAGAUUCAUGUACACCUGUAGUUUGGAUGGUCAGCUGAAACAGUGGCGAAUGAAUCAUGAUGAUAUCGUUUCUGCUUGGUCGACACCGCUGACUACGGUUCUCCUCAGGUGGACUCCACAUUGUCUGGAUCACCAUCCAUGCGCAGAUGAACUGCUUGUGGGCGGCACUGAGUCGUGUCUUCUAUACAAUGCAGCUCGCAUGGAUGUCCCAAUUAGGGAGUGGAGCUGGGGUCAGGAACCUAUUCAUUGUGCGAAAUUCAAUCAAGUAGAGUUCAAUGUGGCCUGUACUUUGACGAAAGACAAUUCCUUGAUGCUCAUCGACUGCAGACAAGAUCGGCCUAUUCGGAAGGUGAAGAUGGAUCUGAAGCUGAAUUCCUUCUGUUGGAAUCCCAUGGAGCCAUUCAUUUUCACCGCGGCAUCUGAAGACUAUAAUGUAUACACAUAUGACACACGAUACUUCAAGUUUCCGCGCCGAGUCUAUCGGGGUCACGUUAACGCUGUACUCGAUAUUGACUAUUCCCCAACUGGACGCGAGUUUGUCACCGGGAGUUACGAUUCCACGAUUCGGUUAUGGCACGUAAACGACGCUGAAUCAUUCGAUGUCUACCAUUCGCGGCGCAUGAAACGCGUUCUUGGCGUCCGGUUCACACUUGAUACUAAGUUUGUCCUAUCGUCCUCAUCAGACCAGAAUGUUCGAGUUUGGAAGGCUCAUGCUAGCGAAAAACUUGGCCCGAUGCAACCACGUGAAAAAGCAUCGAUCAAUUUGGCUGAAGCUUUGCGUGAGAAAUUCAAAGAUCAUCCGGAAGUGAGGAAGAUUCUCAAGAAGCGACAUGUUCCCAAACCAGUUUUGGCGGCUACUCGUGAGCACAAUACCAUUCGAGCUAAGUGGCGCCGAAAGGAGCGAAAUAUGCGCGUCUUCAAUAAAAAAGAUAUCCCAUACGUACCGGAGAAGGACAAACACACGGCUUGUCCAAAAUUAGACCCUAAUUUAUGUUUCGAAUUCUCAGAGUCUUGCAGAACCGGUUCAUUCUGGAUCAAUAUAUCGUUGCCCGAAUCGGGCCUAUGGCUAUGCGGACCUGCUACUAAAGAACCCCCAAGAAACAAUGUGGUUGUGGAAGAGUCUCCUGAACGGUGCAUCUAUCGAAUCACGCACAUACCUCCCAUAAUUAUGAAUUUCUCACUACCUCCUGCUUAUCCCGGUCGGGUCACGGCGCCUAUUGNCCUAGAUUCCUGUUGGAUGCCACAAUCAAUGUUAUUUCACUUGACCGAAUGUUUGAAGCAUGUGAUCGCUUCCAAUCCCGGUGAACUCAUCUUAUGGUCUUUGGUCGAGUUUCUCAGAAACGAAUCUCUUCCUGUUAUAUUCGGUUGUACUAACACAACUAAACGCGGACCUUUACACAUCAAUCUAUAUGACUAUUUUGCCAAAUACCACAAGGAACUACCGUUUUCCAUCACACAAUGCACUGCAUUUUUUGUCGCGCAUAAUGAUGAUUGCUUGGACCUUGAGUACGACUCCGCCCGAUGGGAGUGUCCCGUUUGCUUCACAACCAAACCGGGUACCAAAUUCUUUCGAUUUCGCACUUGUAAGCAUCGCACUUGUAUGAGAUGUGUUCGCCAGGGCUUCAUUUGCGCGCUGAAAGAUGGCCUGAUGGAACAAAAGAUGGCCUGUCUCUUGUGUGGUUUGGAAGUCGAACCCAAUGAGGCCCGUCAGGUGCUUCCGCCAACUGAGUACGAUCGGUAUGAAAGAUUGCUCCUAAACCGAGCACUUAAUCGAAUGUCAGACAUUGCAUUCUGUCCGCGCCCUGGGUGCAAUAACAAUCCUGUGAUCCUUGAUUACAAAGACUUGGGACGGUGUACGAUAUGUGAAAUGGCGUUUUGCCCACGGUGCAACUGUGUUUCUCAUGGAAUGCUGAAGUGCCCUAAGAGAAGUUCAGAAUCGGACGACGCCAACGGAAAUAGGCACGAUGGCUGGGAUACUUCCAUGUUCCCCAAGCCUAGACAGGUUCAAACCACGGAACUCCCGGUCCAAGAGAAACGAAUCGAUGCUGAAGAGAGCGCAACUCAGAAAUAUUUGAAGGAGAAUUCCAAACGUUGUCCGGGAUGUGGUGCUCAUGUUUUGCCAAUGGCUGCAAAUUUUGUUAAGGCAGCCUUUUGUACACGACACAUACGCACGCACAAAAACGAGGGAUGCAACAAAAUGACCUGUUCAAACUGCCACUCCUACUUUUGUUGGCUCUGUGGGGUAUCCAUUUUGGACCGUAGGAAUCCCUAUUCACACUUUGGCCCAGAUAGUACUUGCGCAGGAC